UGUGAGGUUGCGCACAGCCAGAACGACCGACGCAUGAAGAAGCGCAACAGGAGUUGAGCGCGCCCAGUCUCUAUUCAACUUUAUCCAAAUGCCAUUCUAAAGUUGGUAUUGGGAUGUACGACUUUUCUCUGUUUCCGUGGAUUUGAAUAAACUACGUUUUUCUUUUCUUUUGUUUUAAUCUGCCUUCAUUUGUAAUCUCUUCGUGUUGGAAAAGUUGGUAUUUGUUUUACAAAAAUGGAGCGAAAAACGCCGGGGAAUCUUUCUUGCUGUUGGAGCUUUCUUCUCGCGUACUUCUGGUGCUGUAAUCUCACUGAGUGUUACAAUUUGGAUGUAGACCACCCCAUUAGUUUCAGUGGACCAAAUGGAUCUUUAUUUGGAUAUUCUGUAUUGUUACACAAGUACCAGAAAAACACAUGGUUAUUAGUCGGAGCUCCAGUUGCGAAUUCAUCUUCCUACCCAGCCGUAAAAAAACCAGGAGCAAUUUAUAAGUGCAGCAUCUCGAACAAGAGAGAAUGUCAGCAAAUAUCAACAGGUGUGGACAGUUGUGGGAAGACAUGCUUCUCUGAGAGUGACAACCAGUGGCUCGGAGUCAGCCUGUCCAGACAGCCUCGUGAUGGCCAUGUAUUGGCAUGUGGGCAUCGUUGGAAGAACGUGUUCUAUUCCAGGAAAGAAAACCAGAACAAGCUGCCUCAUGGUGUCUGUUACAGAUACGAGGCUGACCUCAAACAGUCUCAACCACUCAUCCCAUGCUACAAAGAUCACCAACGGAAGUUUGGUGAGGACUAUGGAUCAUGCCAAGCAGGGAUAUCCAACUUUCUGACUGAGGACUUGAUAAUAAUGGGAGCCCCAGGGACAUCGUACUGGACUGGAUCUGUCCUGGUCUACAACACCUCCAGCAGGGUCCUGUCUGCCUAUGUGGAUGACAGCAGCACUGUCCUCUAUGGCAGUUACCUGGGCUACUCGGUUGGGGCUGGCCACUUCCUCCACCCUGACUCCACAGAGAUUGUUGGCGGUGCACCUCAGCACGGGCAGACUGGUAAGGCCUACCUAUUCAGAGCUGAAGAAAACAUGCUGAAGAUAAUCAGUGAAGUCAAGGGCAGCAAGCUCGGCUCGUAUUUUGGUGCCAGUGUGUGUGCCGUGGACCUGAAUGGAGAUGGCCUGUCUGAUCUACUGGUAGGAUCUCCCAUGUACAGCACCGUGAGAGAGGAAGGACAAGUCCAUGUCUACAUAAACCAAGGAGCCGCUAAUAUGAAGGAAGCAGAGUUUCAGUUGGUGGGAAGCAACUCCUAUGCUGCCAGAUUUGGGGAGACCAUAACUGAUCUGGGAGAUAUUGAUGAUGAUGGCUUUGCUGAUGUGGCAGUGGGGGCUCCGCAGGAAGAAGAGCUGCGUGGGGCUAUAUAUAUCUACAAUGGGAGGAAAACAGGGAUCUCUCAGACCUUCUCUCAAAGGAUCACUGGCUCUGUUCUGGGUAAUGAGUUAAAGAUGUUCGGCCAGUCUGUGUCAGGAGGCAUCGAUGUUGAUGAAAACGGUUACCAAGAUGUAGCAGUAGGGGCCUUCCUCUCAGACUCAGCUGUGGUUCUGAGGACUCGUCCAGUGAUAGUGGUAGAAGCCUUCAUGCCCCUGCCUGUCAGUGUAAACCGCUAUGUAGCGCUGUGUUAUGACAACGGUCUUCCUGCUGUCUGCAUCAAUGCUACAGUCUGCUUCAGGGUCCAUGCUCGACACGUCACCUCUUCAAUAGUGCUCCAGUAUAAUCUGACAGCAGACACGCAGCACAAGGAGUCCUUCCCCUCACGUUUCCAUUUCCACGGAAAUGGGACGUCCAACGCUACAACAGGGCGGGUCAAGACCAGACACGACCAGCUGACCUGCGUCCCCCACCAGGCCUUCAUGAGGAAAGAUGUCCGAGAUAUCUUCACACCCAUCCAUUUUGAGGUUUCGUACGCCCUCAGAGAGCACACUGUCCAUAACGGGGGAUCCCCUUUCCCUGUUCUGAAACCCAUACUGCAGCAGAGAGGGGGACACGGUAACCUGGUGGCCAAUAAGACAGAGUUUGCUCGGUACUGUUCAUUGGCCAACUGCUCAACCAAUCUGCAGGUCUCUGCUCAACUGGUGUUACCACAGAGACACAACAACAUGCCGUACUUUGCACUUGGCAAUGGAAAGACCAUCAUGUUGAACACAACCCUGGUGAACAUGGGAGAUGAUGCAUUCCUCCCCAGACUCCAGCUCCGAUUCCCCAGUAACCUGCACUACAUCAAAGUGCUUGACGCAGAGGAGAAGUUUGUGAGCUGUGACAUUUCAGAGGAGAACAAGACAAUAGUAGGAGUGGAUUGCAGUGUGGGAAACCUGUACCUCAGCUCUGGGGCCAAGGUCAAUAUCAGUUUUCUGUUGGAUGUGAACCAGAGUAGUAGUGUUGGUGACGUAAGCAUCUCCAUCAACACUAGUGGGGACAAUUAUGAAAACGAGGAUCUUCUGCACGACAACUCUGCCACUCUGAUGUUACCACUGAGAUAUGGUGUAGAUGUCAACAUCCAUGGGUUUAUGACUCCAACAUCCUUUGUAUUUGGUGACCAGGCGCCUAUUCCAGUUGAUUGCUACACAGAGACAUUCAACUACACUUACAAGGUUGUCAAUAUUGGUCCAAGCAAAUCUCCCAACACGAUAGUGGAGAUUGAUAUUCCCAAGAUCCUAUCACCAUAUCCAUACAGAUUACUCCACAUCACAGACUUCCAUACGUCUCUUGGAGAAUGCUCCAUUCGAAACGACUCCAUUGUGGUGGAGGAUGACUGUGAGGUGCCACAGUCCUCUUUCAUCAAAGAACUGGUCUUCUUCUUCUCCAAAACCAGCAAACGCAAAAUGUUCUGUGCCCAUGGUGAUGACCUUUGCCUGACUCUGGAGUGUAGACUAGGAGAUAUGGACAUUGGGAAAGAAGCCACCAUUCACAUGGAAGUGAAGCUGAAUCCUACCGUUCUACAGCUCUCACCUGGACGUCAUGGAGUGAUGCUGAUGGAGAGUACUGGCAUCAUCACAUCACCAAGGGAGGACCCUCAAACCAUCAUCCUACAGCAGAUCCCUAUCGCUCAGGUUGUGUUGGAGGCCCACUUCAGCCAGAAGCCUCAGGCAGCAGUGGAGGUGUUUAUCAUUGUAGUGAGUCUACUGGUGGGACUCCUGAUCCUGGCCCUGCUCAUCUUCGCCCUCUGGAAGGCUGGUUUCUUUAAAAGGCAGUUUAAGAAGGAGGAUGAGAUCAGGAGGGAUAGCUGGGACUAUGUACCAAAACAUUUGACUAAGACUGAGAGUAGAUCCUAAGAUUGAGACCAAGACAGAGUGACUGUGUCCUAAUACAGAAUGGUUCUAUACUACAACAUGGACUAAGAGGCACAUUUUGACUGAGAACAUCCAAACCCAAGGGAAAGAACUGCUGGACCAUUCAAAUUGUGGUGGCUCAGGAAAGAAAAAAUGUCAUUUCCCUAAAACAUGCAAGAGGAAAAGGCUGACCAAGUGUAAGUUUAAAAUGUGUUGUCAGCGGGACAAAUAUAUUACACUUUACCUCUGGGUUUGGUGCAGUGAGACUAUAAAACAUUGGAGUGUUUACAUUGUAAACAUUGUUAGUACAUGGACUAUGUACAUUAGAACAUGUAAUGUACAUUAGAACAUGUAAUGUACAUU